UCUUGUCCCCACUCUUUCUUGUCUUUAUUUUCAUUUUUUAAAUUUUGUUUUUGUAUUUCUUUACCCCAAUCUCUGAUCAUGCCUCAUGUUGAUCUCUCCACGCACAUCACGCCUUCCUCUCUAUCUCACCCCACCACCCCACUCUGCCUUUUUUGCCUGUCUCCAAACAACCAGGCUGGUCACCGGUUGGUCCUGGUGUUAGGUGACCUGCACAUCCCGCACCGAUGCAACACGUUGCCAGCCAAGUUCAAAAAACUGUUAGUGCCAGGGAAGAUCCAGCACAUUCUCUGCACAGGGAACCUCUGCACCAAGGAGAGCUAUGACUACCUGAAAACCCUCGCUGGGGACGUCCACAUCGUCAGAGGAGACUUUGAUGAGAACCUGAACUACCCAGAGCAGAAGGUGGUCACAGUGGGCCAGUUUAAGAUUGGACUCAUCCACGGCCAUCAAGUGAUCCCCUGGGGCGACAUGGCCAGCCUGGCACUCCUCCAGAGACAACUCGACGUUGACAUCCUUAUCUCUGGGCACACACACAAGUUUGAGGCAUUUGAGAAUGAAAAUAAGUUUUACAUAAACCCUGGUUCUGCAACUGGAGCCUACAGCGCCCUGGAAAGCAACAUCAUCCCCUCUUUUGUAUUAAUGGACAUCCAGGCAUCAACAGUGGUCACGUACGUUUAUCAGCUGAUCGGCGAUGACGUCAAGGUGGAGCGAAUUGAGUACAAGAAAUCUUAAAGGAGAGCACAAAGAGAUGGAGAAAAAAUUGCAUUAACAAGGCUCAGAUUAUAUUUCAUUCCUGUCCACCAGGGGGCGGCAGCUCCCUCAGAGUCACCACAGUGUUAAUGCUAUAACUUCUGUAAGUUAACUCUAAAAGACCUGUGUAUUAUAUUGUUUAUAUGUCAUCAGCAUUUGCUUAUACCUGAGCUGUCUUUUGGUAACUGUAGAGAAUGCAAUAAUAUUGGGUGCCAUUUUUUUUUUCUUUUUUGGGGUUUUUUUGUUGUUGUUUUAAUAAACACCCUCUUCACAUCCUGUACAUGUAACAGGCCAUUGCUUCCUGUAGUUAGCCUCCUUUUAUUCAUUUCUUUCCCACAAUAAAGAUGUAAUUUCACUCCA